UUGGGCCAGGCACGAACUUUCGCUUUCCUAUCCAGCGACCGAGCAAGCAGCUGCAAAAACCUUCGGUUUGCACCGUGGCUGCACCGCCUACCAGCCGUCAUCGGUAACUUAUUUAGUCCACAAUGGGAAGCAACAUUUACUCCCAGUCUGCGUAUGUCGAUUCCGAUCUCAUUGAAGAUGAGGAACUUGCUCCUCCACGACCGCGACGGGACCUUGGGGACUUCAAAUACAAAUCUGAUAAGCGUGCCAGGGCAAGUGGAACUCGACACUACUAUUACAACAAGCAACAAUUGCAAGACGUCGCCGAACGUACAGUUCAGUUGGUGCCUAUCCGACUUGAUCUCGAGGUUGAGGGAGUCAAACUACGAGACCAGUUUACGUGGAACUUGAAUGAAACAUUAAUCACCCCAGAGCAAUUCGCGCAGCUGCUUGCAGAUGAUUUUGAUACACCAUACGCACUGCAAUUCGUCCCUCUCAUUGCGGAAGAAAUUCGGAGACAGGUGCAAAAUUAUGGUGCAGCGGUGGAAGAGGAUCCGACCGCUGAUGGGAAGCCCCGAAUAAAGGAUGAUGAAGCGGAUGAGACAGAUUAUGGAGAAAUCAGGAUUAUCAUAAAGCUUGACCUGCAUGUGGGAACAUUGCAUUUGAGAGAUCAAUUUGAGUGGCCGGUAUUUUCAACCUCGUCUAUAACGCCAGAAGAGUUUGCGAAACAAUUAGCGGCGGAUUUAGGAGUUGGUGGUGAAUUUGUUCCAGUGAUCGCGCAUGCCAUACGGGAACAAGUCUGUUUGGCGAGGAUGAAUUGGGAUGAUGCCACACCUGCUCCCCCAAUGCGUGGACGACCCUUCCGACCAGAGAAUAUUGAAGAUGAUUGGGAACCGGAGCUCAGGGAGUUGACCGAGCAGGAGAUCGAGCGAAUCAUGCGAGAGAGAGAGAGGAGCACCCGCCGCUUGCGUCGACAAAACAGACAAAUGGGUCGAACUGCCGCAUCAUACCAACGUCAUGAAACACCGCCAGUUUAUCGCGAUCGGAGUACACGAUCCGCUCUUACACCCUAUAGCAACACAAGGACCUCUCACCGUACCUAUCAGCCUGCGAUGGAUCCUCCUCCUCACCAGCCACCACCCACGCAGCAAUACAUUACCUACUCUUUCGCUCUUCCUUCCACUCCAUCUGUCCGCACCAAUGGAAGUCAACCUUUACACCCCGGAACGGCACAAUCUGCGAUAGAAAAUCAUGUGCCACCAGCUGUCCCUCUAACGGCGACGUCCGGUACUGUCACUACUUCAGAUUCGCUGGGUGCAAGCAUUCUUGCACUAGCCACGCCAAGUGUCCCCCCAAUCGAGACGCGAUUCACACCAGCAGCAUAUGGCCCUACGCAGAACACUCCACGCAAAUCACCCAUCAAAGCAAAGCAGAAUCAGUUUAUUAACGACCAUAUGUACUUUGCAAAGCAGCUGCAAAUGAUGCAAUGCAACAUAGAUGAGAUAGACAAACAGAAGCGGCAGCUCACUGAAGGCUCUCCGCGGAGAAACUCGACUGAUUUCCGCGCAAGCUGGCGUUGUCUCUGGUGCGGACUUUCCGGAAUGUACACUCCAACACUACGUAGAGGACCGAAGGGGAAGCACACACUUUGCAACGCAUGUGGCAUUUGGUUUUCCAAGCACGGUGCCAUGCCACAGGAGCGCUUUCAGGAGCACAUGCAUGCAUAUUGACACAUGUUGAUGUGAAGAGCAUGCUAUUCGCUUGGGAAAGGAAGCUUUCGUGCCAGGAAAUUUUAAUCAACAUUGCAAACUUGGCUCACCGAUCCCGGCAUGUACAAAAGUACUAUAACUAUAGAUACAGUAAAUAAUUAACGACCAAAGCCUGAAAACUCAUGAUGGAAUUGCUAAUGUCCAGCUGCUGAUAUCUAUAUUCAAUGGUUGAAUCUACAAACAAGCAAACUGU